AUGUCAGAUGAAAUUGGAAACGAUAACGCUCCUGCUAAUGCUGAAGCUGCUAUUUCACUAGAAGGUAAAAAUAUCGCAGCUAAUAACGAAGCUUCUUCUGAAGGGGCGCACUUUGGAAGUGACCAUGAUUCUCGUUCCUCUCCACCAUCAGGUAGUGAUCAUGUAUGAUUAACUGAUACGAAAGAUGAUCCUGAUGAAAAGAAGAUGUCAACAUCACCAUUAAUUGAUACGAGUCAAUAUGAUGUAUUUGAAAGCAUGGUGGCUGAUCUUCGACGAAUUGGAAAGUCGCUUAUAAUGGGACACCGUCUUUUAUCUGUACGAUUAAACAACGUGGAGAAUGAAUUAAAUGAUGUCAAACGUUUAUUAUUUGAAAAUGAAUUUAAAAAACUUUGUUUUCUUGUACCAACACCGCUUAAAAAGAUUGGUGAAACAAUUUCGUACUCGGAAUUUACGCAUUGA